CUUCAAGCCACCAACGCCGCCCACCAGUGCAACUCCAUACGGUCACAGCCUCCACCACCGCUGGCUGCGAAACCGAACACCCAUCGCUCCUGCGCCUCCCGCGGCUCCGAAGACGAAAGCCAUGAGCUCGUUGUCGUCGCUCUCCACGGACAAUGGCAUCGAUUCCUUGGCGAUCAGCACGCAGAUUCUGCAUGCGAUGCAAGCCAAGCGUCAGCUCUCAUUCCCGGUGCCGUUUUGCACCUUGAGUUGGGAGGACCUGGAAGUGGCCUACCGGACGCCCCACGGGCGCCGGAUCACGCUGCACCGUCAAGGAGGUUACGUCGAAGGCGGCUGCAUGAUGGCGAUCAUGGGCGCCUCCGGCGCGGGGAAGAGCACCCUUUUAGACACCCUGACGAAGCGGAAGACGCUGGGUGAGGUCUCAGGCAAGGUCUAUGUGAAUGGACGGCCGCAGGAUGAGCAUUUCUUUUUCGCCUCAGCAUAUGUGCCGCAGGAAGAGAAUCUGGUCUCAACAAACACUGUGGGUGAGACGGUGGAGUUCUAUGCAGAGCUCACCAUGCAGAAGCAAGUCUCCAAGGAGAUGCGCUCGCGGGCGGUGUCGGAGCGGCUGCAGUCGGUGGGAUUGGCCGACAAGGAAACCAAGUUCGUGGGUGGCCGCCUCCCCGGCGGCUUCAGCAUCCGCGGCCUGUCGGGCGGCGAGCGCCGGCGCCUGAACAUCGCAGCAGGGGUGGUGCAUUCGCCUCCGUUGGUCUUCUUGGAUGAGCCGACGAGUGGAUUGGAUGCCUUCUCUGCCCUUUGCGUCAUGGAAAGUAUCCGCGCUUUGGCACGUGCGGGGCAUGUGGUGGCCUGCACCAUUCAUCAGCCGCGUCAGGCAAUCGUGGCCAUGUUCGACAAGGUCUUGUUUUUGGCCUGUGGACAUUUGGUUUACAACGGUCCUCCCAGCGGCUUGAAGGACUGGCUCAUGAAGUCAGAACUAUGGGAUCCUGAUCGGGCGCUCACGACCUCCAUCACCG